CCCUACCGCCCUUUCCAUGGCGGGCAAGCGACCGCCAGACCCGCCCAAACCCCUCCAAGAGCUCUUCAAAGGUCAUUACACGCACACGCACACAGAAAGGAAGUUCAUUCGUCUCCUCAACUCAUGGAUCUGCCAUUUUGGUGCUGGCAGAUGAUGACUGGCAGGACGACCCCGGGCAGCACGGCAACAGGAAGCGCCAGAAGCCUCACGUCGAGGGCAACUUCGCCACCACACUCUUCGUCACAGGUAGGCGCCAACACGAGAAAUGAUGCAUUCGUCACAGCUACUUUCUGUUGUGCGCUGGUCAGUUCCUGCUCGCGUGUGGAGGCGGCCGGCCUGGCAGAAGGUUCUCGGCCGCUCCAAGCGGUUGCUGGAGGACGUGCAAAAGCGAGCUGGCGGAGAGGCAGCUGCAGCUGCUGCUUCCUUCGAUAUGGGCAAGGACGGGCCGCACAUCAGCUUGUCCAAGACCGUCAUGCUGCGGUAAGGUAUAUGAAAGAUGGAGGGAGGGAUGAGAGUCCUGAGCUUCUGCGCUUUGCGUGAUGGCAUGCAUUGUAAUGCAGUUUCCACUUCAUUCAGGGCUUCGUGGAGAGCUGUAAAGCUGCCCUGGGCAAAUGCGACAGGUCAGUGAGGUGGACAAGAGAGAGGACACACAGCAGGGGUCAUAGCAGACUGGCUGGAUGCAUGUGUGUGUGUGUGUGUGUGUGUGUGUGUUGCAGCUUCACGAGUCACUUUGACGGUGAGCUGUCGGUCUUUGCCAACGAGCCCGCCGACCGGUACUUCGCUGCUCUAGUGCCCUCUGCCGCAGGCCACAAGCAAUGGGUAGGUCAGCCAGGGCGGCAAACACACAGCAGGGAAUGACAGACGAACUGAGUGUGUGUGGAUGGUCAGGUGGAGCUGAUUGGUAGGGUGGAUCAGCUCGUGACGUCUUAUGGCCUGGAGCCCUUCUAUAAGGUGGGAAGAGGCAGUGCAGAUGCCCACCUCUCACCCCACACAGUGCCGUUUGGUCGCUCCUCUGUGUGUGUAUGUGUGUGGCAGGAGAAGCAGCCUCACCUCUCGCUGGCCUGGUGCUUUGGAUCACAGGUUCAGCGCCAGCACACACACACGCUCACACUCGCGUGCACUGUCUGAUGGUCUUUGUCUGUGUGUGUGUGUGUCAGGAGUGGGUAGCACCUCUCACUACCCUGACCAAUGAAUCGUCGCGGCCCCAGGACACGGCAUCCAUUCGCUUCUGGCCAUCCAUCGAGUCCCACCUCGCCAGCCAGUCAAGCGAUACUGAUAAUGAGUCUGUGGGCGCAUCGAUAGCCGCCGAGAUGGCCAAGGGGCCGGCGGCAGGCACAGAUGAGGAUGAAGACGACGAAGAUGAUGAGUCGCCUGUGGUGGGCAUUGGGUGUGACGAGGGGCUGUGGUUUGAUGUGACUGAGGUUGCUGUCCGUGUGGGAGAGGUGGUGACCGUUGUACCACUGAAGAGGGCCGACUAGAGGGAUUGGUUGGUGGACGGGUGUGCGGCUGGCUACGUGUGUGUGCAGAGAGAG